AAUGUUUCACAAACAAAAACAAUAAGUUAGGGUUUUAUUCACUUUUUCAUUUAAAAACGUACUUCGUUUUAAAAUAAUUCUAUUGAUAUAUAGCAAUGCACCCGUGGAACUGUUGCAGGAUGUGUACGAGUAACCAAAGCUUACAUCCAAUAUUUCUUUCACCAGAGCGAAGUGAAAAAUAUUCUAGCGUUGUUUUUCUUACAACCGGUGUCAAGGUCACAAUGAACGACAGCCUACCUCAAGAAAUGUGCUCCGCAUGUAUUACUUUCAUUAACGAAUCAAUAAAGUUUAGGAAAAAAUGUGAGGAUGUACAAAAACAAUUAUUAGAUAAAAAAAUUAACGGAAUUAAAAUUGAAAAUACGAAUAUUUUAAAAUCAGAAGAAAAUUCCACUUCAAUAGAUAUAACAGAUGCAUUGGAUGAAGAUUUCAAAGAUUUCGAUGAUAAUAUAACAUUAGACACAUUGCAAUUAAAGAAAAUCUUAAAAGAUAAUGAAGAAUGUUCAGAAAGCAUAAACGACACGAAGGAAAAGACAGAUUAUGAAACUAGAGUUAUAGAUAUAGACGAAAAACCAAUAGAUAUAUUGUUCAAAAACAAACGGAAAACGAGAUCCGUAAAAAUAAAACGAAAGGAGAGUAAGGACAAAGAGAAAACAGAGAGAGUGAGAGAGGAGAUUGAGUGUGAAUACUGUCACAAGAUUUUAACAUCGAAGCUAUCAUUGAGGAAUCAUUAUAAAAUCCAUACCGGUUUUGAUGUUGUUUGUGAGCACUGUGGCAAGAAGUUUAUAACACGACGACUCUUGUUGAUGCACUGUCGAGCGAAACAUGGCUAUGAGAAGACGGACAAGUGUUCCUACUGUGACUAUAAGGCAUCCAAUGCGGAGCAAGUAAAGAUACACGAACGUCUCCACACGGGUGAAAAACCAUUUGUGUGUAAAGAAUGUAAUGCUGGUUUCCACCGAAAGAGUAGCUACCUACAGCAUAUAGCUAUACAUCUGCCAGAGAAAACUGUGCAAUGCGACCAGUGUCCAGCCAGAUUCAAAUCUGUGACCUUAAUGCGAAUACAUAAAAAUCGCCACCGACCCUCCCAGUACACGUUCAAGUGCGGUGUCUGUGAUAACAGCUUCGCGAGACGACGGAACGUCGCGAGACACCUUCAGAGGGUACAUGGGUUACCACCCGAUCACCAGAUACACCGGAUAAAAAUACACUGAACCACCAAGAGCACGACCACGUGCAGAGAUUUACACCAGAGAGAAUGAGGAACUGAGUAUGAUCAGAGAAUGACGCGUUCAAAGUGGAUAGGAAUCAAAGAAAGCACCUUUACUAUAGCGCCGGAAUUCCAGAACAUUCCCCCUAUUAUAGUAUUAAUAAUAGUGGGUUUCUUUGGGUGGAUUAAUCAAUCAAUCAACAGCCAAUCGUUUUAUACGGUAGCCUGCCGUGAACCGGUGAUUCUUAGCACCCCCUGCCCUGCCGAUACCGCGACCGCUACCUUGGUCGAGCCUAGCGGGCUUGCCGGUAACUGGGGGCCUUUUUUUUGGGCGCAUCUGCCAUUAACGGAGGGGUUUGCCCAUACUCGCCGCGCUGGGCAGGCGUGUUGGCGAGCGCAGUAGGGGAGUAAGAUGUUUAUGGGAGGGGGGACGCUGCUGCCCAUCCCCCUUUUCCCCGUCCCUCAGUCGCCUCUUACGACACCCACGGGAUGAGAUUGGGGGAGUACUAUUCUCCACGGCAUUAUAUCCACGGCGGAUUAAUCAAACAAGGUCCAAUUCUGGAGUCAUUUGGAGAGCACAUUGCCAGCAAAAACCUUGUAACUCCAUUGCUAGGCAAUUCGAAUUAUCAACGAAUCAAUACUAACAGAUAGUUCAGAUCAUUUAUGCCUCCGGAGAGAAGUUGAUCCUAUGUGUGUGUUCUACAGUCUGUACAAUGGGAUUCUUAUAGGAUUUUUUAGAUAUGGCGCCAUAGACAUAUUCACUCAUCUUCGCCGCUGGACGGAAUUUAAUCCACACAUAAAUCUCAUGUUUGGCAUCAAGGUAAUGUGUUUUACAUUGUCAAGAUCAUUCAUUCCCCCAACGCAUAGAUUCUGGAAUUAUUUUCCAGAGGUUAUCCUGGAGUGUCAUAUGGGAGUUCAAAACUCCAGUAUUCAGAUACCUUCAAGGCAGGCACCAGCAACUCUUCUUAUGUUACAAGUGCCAGUGGAUGAUUGUAAACAUUUACAUCGGGGGAACCUUCUGUUGUUUGCUGUUGACUUUUCUCAAUAUAAAAAAGGCUAUGAGAAUAAAUAAAUUAAACGCAAAUAUCCGGUUCGCAAAGGUCCAACUUCGAAAUAGUUCCAAUUCUUACUUAACUAUAGAAUAUUUUGCGCAACUGUAUAAUUGAUAUAUACGUUUAUAUACAAGC